GUACAAUAUCUGCUACCUACGCUAUGUCUAUCACGCCGUUGCUUCAGCUGAAGGAUGUCAGCUGCUACUACAAGGACAAGACCCAGCCCAUUUUCAGUGGCGUCAAUUUGACUCUCAACGAGGGCGACGUGCUGGUGUUUCAGGGCAAGAGUGGUUCUGGCAAGUCGACAUUACUGAAAUGCAUCUCGCACCUCAACCUAUACACGGGGGACAUACUGUACCGUGGACAAACACCACAAUCCUUUGGCAUACCAGCCUUCCGCACGAAGGUCAUGUACGUCCCGCAGCGGGCCUCCCUCCUGCCGGGGACACCACGGGACUUCCUCAAGGCAGUACACACCUUCGCCGUACACAGCCAGUCCUCAACAUCCUCCAAGGCUGCCUCAGCCUUCUCCGGCAUCUUUGGCACGAAGCAGGACGGGCCAGACGUGACAUACCAUGACGCCAUCGACCUCGCCGAGAACUGGGGCGUCGAGCACGACCUGUGGGACCGGAACUGGUCGAACCUCAGCGGAGGAGAGGCGCAGCGCGUCGCGCUCGCCUUGGCUGUGGGUCUGGGCACUGCGGAGGUCCUUCUGCUGGAUGAGCCCACCUCGGCGCUCGACUCCGAGUCGUCUUCAAGGGUGGAGAAUUACUUGGUCGAGAAAGUCAAGGCGAGGAACUCAAACCUCAAGGCUCUGGUGUGGAUCACACACUCGCCUGAGCAGGGCGAGCGCGUUGGGACGCGCUUCGUCCGGGUAACACCACAGGGACUGCGCGAGGAAUACGUGCAUCCGGAUGUUUAGAUGUUUAUGAUGUUUUGAUGUUGUUGUAACAAUUGUGAUCUGGGCUGGACCUUCUGCAAGCA